AUGGCGCGGGUCGGCCUCACUCCGCAGAUCCAGUCGGCCAUCGCUGACCCAGCGUUCUCCGAUAUGCUGUGGACCCGGGAUCUGCAUUUCUGGGUCAAAGAUACGAUUGAGACGAACUGGGCGACCCUUCGCAGCCGUCAGGAGCUCCUCAAACGCCAUGCACAAGGGCUCGUCCCGCCAGGAGAAGGACCAGCGCCUGAGGCACCGGAGCCGAGCGCCAUCUCAGCCACAAUUAGCGUGAGGACGCAGGACACAACACGCCCACCUGCCGUUUCCGCUCCCUACCGCACGCCGCCCAGCUAUCCAGUGGAUGUUCUGGAAGCCUGA